UAUAAUUUUGAUUGGAUGAUUAUAUUCUAAUGUAUUUUUUGAAACCUUUGCCAUAUGGCAAUAGUGUACAUUUAAUGCGAAUUAAUUUAUAUAAAAGAUCUAGUUAUAAUUAGAUUUCUGAAAUGGCGCCGCAAUUGCGAAUUUUAUCUAAUGUUAUAGAGCGUUUAAAAAACAUAAAAAAUGGUGUAACAGGUCAUUUAUAUGGUGUGAUGUAUGAUAAUACAUUAACAGUAUUAACAUUUAGCGUAAAUAUAAUGAAUAAUAUUGAAAUUAAUAUAAAUCAUACAAUGUUACAAUUACAUAUGUCUGCAGAAGUGUAUCUUUGUGGUAUUUUACAUGUUGGUGAAUGUGAAGAAAAAUUUAUUGAUGCAUUUCAGGAUAUUGAUAUCACAGAUAAUCCAUUAUUUUUAAAAUAUACACAUGAUAAUUUAAAGAUACAGGCAUAUUUUUAUAUUCAUUUAAAACUUGAAUCUAUUAAUGAUAUAAAAAUCAUUAAUGAAAGUGAUAUUUGUCAAGAAUUUAUUUAUAUUCGAUUAAGAGGAAGCUUACCAUUAAUUGCACAGGAUGAUAAUAUAAUGGAAGUAUUAAAAGAAUCAAGAAAAAAUAUUGUGUCAGGAAAAAUAGGAAUUCAUUUUCCAUCAAAAAAUGCUUUCCUUUUCAAUAAUGAAAAUAUUAUAAAAGAUAUAUCUUUAAGAGAGAUUCUAAACAUAUCUGAUAAUUAUGAAGGAACUAGAAAUAUAAAAAAAGACAUUAUGAAACCUAUGGGAAUAGUGAAUGCUGUAAAUGCUUAUAUACUUUUAAAAAUGUCUGGAGAUAAACAUUCUGAAGAUAAUAUUAAAUAUGCUCCAGUACUUCAAUAUAUAAAACGAUCAUUUAAUAGUUUGGAAUGCAAUUUAUUUAUUGAUACAUUAUCUUUAGUCAAUAUUAAUGUAAGUUCAGCAGAUUUAUAUGGAAUAUUGGUAGAAUCUAUGUGUCGAAAUAUCAAAUUAGUGGAAAAGUGUUUUGAAAAUCAACUUCAAAAAUCAGAAACACCCAUAAAACUUCCAAUACCCAUACAUUUUAAACCUCAAGGUUUUGGACAUUUGAUCACAAUAGUCUAUCCAAAUGGUUAUAGUGAUAAAGAAACAAUAGAAUAUCGUGAAAAUUUACAUAAAAUUUUGGGAUUAGAUAUGACAAGACCUUAUUUCCGUUGUGGAAAUGCUGUGAAAUUUUGUAAUGAUUCAAAAACAGAAAAUAAACUUAUAAGUCCUCAUGAAGCAAUUAUGGUAAAGGAUGAUAUAAUAAACAGCAAUAGGAAAGUACAAAUUGUACAAGGUUUAUAUAUGUAUUAUCAUUAUAUGCAAGAUAAUUUUGAUGAUAAUGGAUGGGGAUGUGCAUAUAGAUCUCUACAAACUAUUAUUUCAUGGUUUAGAUUACAAGGUUACACUGAAAUACCAGUACCAUCACAUCGUGUAAUACAAAAAUGUUUAGUUGAUAUAGGCGACAAACCUUCAAAUUUUAUUAAUAGUAAACAAUGGAUUGGUUCUACGGAAGUAGGUUUUGUAUUAGAAAGUCUUUUGGAUAUCAGUGUUAAAGUACUCUGUGCGUCUACAGGUGAAGAAGUAUCAUCAUUAGCUCCAAAUCUACUACAUCAUUUUCAAACACAGGGUACACCAAUAAUGAUUGGUGGAGGAGUAUUAGCACAUACAAUUUUAGGAAUUAGUUAUGAUCAAAUUACUGGAGAUGUUAAAUUUUUAAUUUUAGAUCCUCAUUAUGUAGGCCCUGAACAUUUACCAACUGUAAUAAAUAAAGGUUGGUGUGGGUGGAAAUCAAAAGAUUUUUGGAAAAAAGAUGCAUUUUAUAAUAUGUGUCUUCCUCAGAGGCCAGUAUGUAUUUGAUUAUAAAAAUUAAAAAUUUAAAAGAAGUUAUAUAUAAUAAUAAUAUUGACAGUGUUCAAAAUUAUUUAAAAUCAAAUAGUGAAUAAACAAUGUAAUAUAUGCUUGAAUGCUAGAAAUAAUGUUAUAUAUUAUAUAUAUAAUAUAUAUGUUAUAUAUAUAAUAUCUACAUAUUUAUUUCAUUAUAAAAUAGACAUAUUUAAAAAAAAUGCAAAUUAUAUUUUAUUAUACAAAUAUUUGCAUUUGACAGUUGAUAUCAAAAGUUACUAAAAAAAACAUUGUUAUUUGUAUUUCUUUUCAUUUUAUAGUUAAAAUUAAUUGUAUAUUAAAUGCAUUUUCAAAAUAGUUCUAUAAAUUAAUUUUAUGAAUAACAAUAUUUAAUGCUUCAAAUAAUCAUUCCAAUUUCUUGUUGAAAUUAAUAUUGUUAUAAAACUAUAUUCUUUUGUGAUUAAUUUUUACUCUAUAAACUCUUUUUGUUAAAAACAAAUUUAAUUUAUUACAUAUUUUAAAAGAAACUCCUAAGUUGAUAAAUUAUUAAACAUUUUCUAGUAAUUUAUUUUUUUUAAACGAUUAUCUUUAUAUAAAAAUAUCGUUUUAAUUUAUUAAAUCUAAAAAAAACUUAUUGAAUAUAAAUGUAAGUAUUUGUAUUUAGACAUAUUUUUAAUUUGUCUAAACUUUUUAUAAAAACAAAUGUAAUUUGUGAUUUUUUGAAAAAUCAUAUACGUGUUACUGGAACAAAAAAAGGAAUGCAAGUUCUUUUAAAAAAUAACACAAAAAAUUUAAAAAUUUUUUUUCAAAACUUUUUAUCCAUAAAAAUAUCUCUGAUAUUUGAAUAUAUUGAAAAUUAUAUAAUUAAUUUAUAAAUUAAUAUUAAAAAUUAAAAUAAUUAAAAUUUAAAAUAUUAAAAUGAUAUCAAAAAAAACUAUGCUUGCUAUUGAAAGAAUUUAUUAUUAAUAUUUUUUGCAAAAAUAAAAAUUGAUUUUUAUAAAUGUCCUAAUUUUUAUGGUAUCAAAUAUCUUUAUGUUCAAAAUAACUAUUAUACUUAGAAAUUAUUAAAUAUAUAAUAAUAUAUAUAAUAUUUUAUAUAUAUAUAUGCAAUAUUAUAUAGUAUUUAAAGAAAAUAUAACAUUACAGAGUUAUUAUAUGCUAUAUUUUUAUGAUUCUUUAUAAAAUUGAAAAAUUUUAUAACUUUGUAAAUUUUAAUGUACAUUUUAUAUACAUAUAUAUAUAUAUUAAGUUUUUUAUAUAAAUAUAUUUAAAGAACUUUUGUUGAAGAAAAUAUAUAAUUAAUUGUUAUUUGUUCAAUAUUAAAUAAUUUUUUUAUUAAAAAUGAAAUAAAAAAUAAUUUUAUUUCCUACACUUUAUAACACAAAACUAUUAUAUGCAUAAUUUAUUUAAUAUUACAUAUUUUUAUACAGAUUUUUGUAAAAGUUGUGCAAAACGAUUUGUAAUUAAAAGUGAAACAUCUAUAAAUCUAUCAACGCAA